AUGGCUGGUCCCUUCUCCCGCCUGCUGCCUGCCCGCCCAGGGCUCAAGUUCGUGGCUGUAGCCGGAGCUGGAUCUCUAGCCGCUGGGUUUCUGCUGCGCCCCGAACCUGUGACCGCCGGUGAACGACGGAAGCUCUAUCCUCCGAGCGCUGAGUACCCAGACCUUCAAAAGCACAACAACGGCAUGGCCAGUCACCUGACCCCAGCAGUCUAUGCCCGACUCUGUGACAAGACCACCCCCACUGGUUGGACGCCAGAUCAGUGUAUCCAGACUGGCGUGGACAACCCUGGGCACCCCUUCAUCAAGACUGUGGGCGUGGAGGCAGGAGAUGAGGAGACCUAUGAGCUAUUUGCUGAGCAGUUUGACCCUGUAAUCGAAGAAGGACACAAUGGAUAUGACACCCGGACAAUGAAGUACCCUGCAGACCUGGAUGCCAACAAGAUUCGUUCUGGCAACUUUGAUGAGAGGCACGUCUUGCCCUCGAGACUCAGAACGGGCCGGAGUAUCCGAGGACUUGGCCUGCCUCCAGCCUGGACGUGGGCCGAGCGGCCAGAAGUGGAACGUGUCGUGGUGGACGCACUGAGCGGCCUGAAGGGAGAUCUGACUGGACGUGACUGUCGGCUCAGUGAGGUGACAGAGGCUGAGCAGCAGCAGCUCACUGAUGACCAUGUUCUGUUUGCUAAGCCCGUGUCCCCCUUGCUGACCACAGCAGGAAUGGCUUGAGACUGGCCAGAUGCUUGUGGAAUCUGGCCCAACAACGAGCAGAGCUCUCUGAUCUGGGUGCGUGGAGAGGAUCCCACGCGGGUCAUCUCCAUGGAAGGGGGCAACGUGAAGAGCGUGUUUGAGAGAUUCUGCCCAGGCCUCAAGGAGGUGGAGCGGCUGGUCCAGGAGCGUGGCUGGGCGUUCCUGGGGAGCGAGCAUUUGGGAUGCAUCGUGACUUGUCCCUCUAACCUGGGCGCCGGACUUGGGGCUGGAGUGCACAUCAAACUGCCCUUGCCAAGCAAAGAUACCCACUUCCCAAAGAUCCCGGAGAACCCAAGACUCCAAAAGGGUGGGACUGGGAGUGGACACAUCUCUAACUCGGAUCAACUGGGAGAGUCAGAGGUGGAGCUGGUGCAGCUGGUCACUGAUGGAGUAAACUAUUUGAUCGACUGUGAGCGACGUCUGGAGAGGGGCCAGGAUAGCCGCAUCCCUCCACCUCUCGUGCACAGCAAAAACGCCACCCACAGCAGGGUGCUGGCCAGGUUCACCUUCCCCCUCACGAUCGCCAUCAGUCUCCUGGGAUUGUUCUGGACCGGGACCAUCCUCUGGCUCCUGGGCUUCCGGAUCCCGAGGAUCGCCUUCUCCAUCUACCUCCUCCACCUGGCGGCCGCGGAUUUCACCUUCCUGGCCUGCCAGCUCUUCUCCGUCUUGACUGACAUGCUGACCGGUUGCUACGAUGUGUCCUCGUCCACCCUUCACUUGAAAGUCCAGGGGCACUUUUACUCCACCUCCCCCACCGCCAAGCGCGUGGCCCCGCUCGCGUUUACCUCCUACACCGUGGGCAUGAGUCUCCUGGCCGCUAUCAGCACAGAGCGCUGCCUCUCGGUGCUCUGUCCAGUCUGGUACCGCUUCCACCGCCCAAAGCACCUGUCCACCACUGCGUGCGUCCUGCUCUGGACCAAGUCCCUGGUGGUGUGCACCCUGAGGAGAGACAGCUGUGGCUUCCUGUUCAGAGGCUACAGCGAGCGGCUAUGCUACAGCCUCACCCUGGCCAGUGUGGUGCUGAUCCUCCUGGUCUCUGUGAUGUGUGUGUCCAGCCUGACCUUGCUUCUCAGGGUCCAGUGUUCAUCUGCGCGGCAUCACCCCACAAAGAUCUACCUCGUUGUCAUGCUCGCCGUCCUCGCCUUCCUGGUCUGCGGCCUCCUCUUUGGGAUAUGGCUCCUGCUCACGGGGACGCGAUCGGCCACGGAAGGAGACACCACCCCGUCCAGCGCCUUCCUCGCCAGGGUGAAGCUUGAGCCCGUGGCUGCAGCCUUGAACUCUGUGCUGGGCUGCUUCUCCUCUGCUGACCCUGCUCUUCAUCGAGCGUGA